AUGCACCCCUCAGCCUACAGCCCUGGCCCUCUGUGGGGCGCCCCGCUAGCUUUCAGCUUGCGCGAGGAGGGCCCCCAAAGAGGGACCCCCUCGGCAGACAGCAGCUUGGGCCUCUUCCCUGGGGCUUCCGCAGCAGCAGCAGCAGCAGCAGCAGCAGCAGCAAGCAGCAGCAAGCUUCCCCCCUUCCCUCCCCGCAGCAGCAGCAGCCAGCCCUCACAAGGCAAUAACACAGGCCUGGGGCAUUGUCCCCAAGUCCGGCUGCUGUCUCUUUGUCUCCCCCCCAUCAAAAUAGAGAUGCCGCCUCUCCCCCCUUGCUCUGCCUCUUCCCAGCUCGCGCAUGCGGCUCAGCAGCCAUCAGCUUCUUCCGCAGCACCCGCGGAAGCAGGAGCAGCAGAUGCUGCUGCUGCUGCUGAUGCAGAAGAUAGGGGCUCAGAAGCUUUAAUGGGAGAUGAUUCCACCUGUUGCAAAGGCACCGCAGUUGCGGAUACACUGGAAGGGGCAUCUAACGGGGUUAUUUCGCCGAGUGGAGCUGCUGCUGGUGUCCCUGCAGCUGCUACAGGCGUUCCUGCUGCUGCUGCUGCUGCAUGCGCCCCUGCUGCUGCUCAAGGCCUUCCUCCUGCUGCUGGGAACGCUGCAGCAGGAGCUGCUUCAACCUCAUCAGCCGCUGCUGGCGCAGAUGGGGGGCCGCCUACACCCCAGCGCGUGUGGCCAGUGGCUCUCUGCUCUUUCUCAGCCAAAGGGUCUCGAUUUCAGGCGCAUGCAAUUGUGUGUUGUGUGCUGCGGGAGGAGGAGAUGGUGAAGGCAGCGAGAUGUAGGCUGUGGUAUAAGAAAAAGAGACAGACAGCAGCGCAGCAGCGGGGAGCUGCGCCUGGGGGGGCGGGGGAGUUGCUUCUCCCUGCUGAAGGCCAAACAGGAGAGGAGGAGCAGCAGCAAAAUUCAGACCUAUGCGGCGACUGCCCGUCAGCAGCAACGGUGGGGCUGCAGCAGCAACUUCAGAAAGACUGUGUAACCCCAACCAGCAGCAGCAGCAGCACUAGCAGCAGCAGCACCAGCAGGAGCGCCAAGGCCAUCAGCUUCUCACUGCAGCAGCUCCCCCUCGCUGUCUUCGUGGGGUUGGUAGCCGUGGGUACUUCACACGGCAGAAUUCUUUGCACUCCUCCCCCUCGCUGUCUCGUGCGCCGCUGCUACUGUUGCGGGAGCUGUCUGGCCACAAUUCGAGGCAAAACAACUCCAGUAGGCCCCACAACAACAACAGCAGCAGCAGCAGCAGCGUCGCAGGCAGAGGGCUCUGGAGAGACGGGACAGCAGCAAGCCGACAAACUCAAGACCGCCGGUGGCCUCAGCAGCAGAAAUAGCAGCGGCAGCAGCAGCAGCAGCAACAACGGCCUUACCAACAGCAACGGUAGUAAUAGUAGUAGUAGCAGCAGCAGUAGUUGUAGCAGUAGCAACAGUAGUAGCAGCAGCCGGAUCUCCUGUCCUACUGUGACCGCAGCGCGAGCUGCUCGAGGUGUCUCCUUUAUGGAGGUAGGGACUUUUGGAGCAGACAGUGGGGCAGUUGAUUAUGUGGAGUUAGUGAGGGGAACUCCGUGGGCCCCCCGCUCUGCCGCGCAGCAGCAGCCUGAGCUGCUGGUAUCCACGCAGCAACGUGACUUCUCGUGGCACUGGACAAGGGCCCCCACCUCUGCAGCACAUACACAGGGGCCCCCUAUGCUUCAGCGUGGGGCUGCCGGCUCUAGCGAGGGGCGGCCUUGCGGAGGGGUAGAGGCCGAAGCUCUUUGGCUAUUUGCAUGCAGCAAGGAGGCGGGGAUAAAGGUAUUCAGCGUAAGACUUAAGAUUCCCAAGCAGCCAAACGCCCUCUCUAACCCUUAUACUUCUCUGUCUUGUUGGAUCCUCGCAGUUCAGAGUGUCUGCGAGAACACGAAAAGCCUUAGAACGUUGCAUCUGCUUCCUGCUCAUAUCUGUGUCUCACCUUCUGGGGAGAGCCCCGUGCUGGCGGCGGAGGACCUCUCGAAGUUCGGUCGCUACGGCCUGCCGCGGCCGCAGCAUGUGCCAUUGGGAGGUUAUUUGCCUGUGCAGCAGCAGCAGUUUGCUGCAAUGCUGCUUUCUCCAGCGGAGUGUGCGCGUCUAGAGUUGCUGGUGGCGAGGCGGCCUUCUUUCUUGCAGCCUCUUGGGGGCCGGCGGUGGGUAGUUGUAGACGGGUCUGUGAUUCGAGUGGUGCAGAUGAAGAUUAGGGAGGCGACUCCUUCGCAGCGGAAAGCCACAAGUGCGGCUGAGGAGGAGCGCAUGCAUGCAACGUUGAUGGGGUCUCCGCUGGAUCAGCUGAGGCAGCUGCGGCGGCCUGUGGUAGAGCAGCCAGAGUUGCCUUGGUGCAUGCGUCCUCCUGCUCCUCCCGAGUUACAGUCGAUGCGGCUUUGUGUUUUUUCACAUCCACGUUCAGUUUAUCAAUGCGCGUUUGACGGGGUAAGGCGCCUGGUGACGAUUGAUCUACAGGAAGUGUUGAUGGUCUGGGACCUGCAGCGCUAUACAAAGCUCUUCGAGGUAGACCUCAUGGCCAGAGGCGAUAGACACACCGCAGCGCUUUCAGACAGCCAGGAGGACGAUGAAUACGGCAUUAUCAACAGGGAGCGUAUCUGUCGCAACAAAGACCAACUUGAAACUGACUCAGAGCAUGAACCCGUGGGCCGCAGCCUCGCAAGAAGGGGCCCCCACAGCAAUGGCGACCUCGCGGGUUCCUGCAGUUCCAAGGGGGCCCGCAAGGCCGGUAAGAUGAGUCUUAAGAAACAGUUCGGCACAGGGUGGAUGCAGCGACAGCUCCUCGCGCAUACUAAGACUGGGAAACAUCAUACAGCGCAUGCAUCACCGAUCGCCAUCACAAGACCUGCGGAAACGCAGGGCAGCCGUAGCCGUGAGCAGCAGGGAAACGGCGCUCUUGUUGGCGGUCUCUGGUUAAAUGCGAGCUCAUUGGAACCGGCGAUGCAGCUGCAGUUGCUCUAUGACGCACAGAAGGAAGCAGACACACACGCCAGGGCAACUGGAACGCACACCGAUACACCCGUAACCCACAAAGACCAACAGCAGGACCAGCAGCAGGUGGAAGCUGAGGAGUCCAGAGGAGAUAGUCCUGAAGCAGCCGAAGCGAAGGUGCCUCUUCUGGACAGCAGUGACGACGGGCGUCCCGUACCCCGGGUGAACGGCGCUUCCUUGGUGGCUGGGGGCUCUUCUGGCGAACUAGCAAAGGAACAUGAGCAGCCCGUUGUGGGGCCUCCUGGGGAGUCAACGGAGGGCGAGGUGGAUCCCGAGCUUGCGGCAGCAGUGGCUGUGUGCUACGCAGAUGAGUUUCCUCCUCUCGCCUCUCCCUUUUCUCUUGAAGUCUGCAUGAAUGGCAGAAAGAAAGAUUCGCCGACCCCCAGCUCCAUCAGGCCUUCGCCGCUGCAAUCGAAGAGGCAAACUGCGAAUCCCUCGGUUUGCAAAUCCUCUCCGACAGGCGCACUUAGCACCACAGCCCCUGAUGCGCAGCCCAGCGAGGAGAACGCAGCUGCUGCUGUGGGGGACCCAGGAGACUCCACUGCGGCUUCCAGACACAGGGUGGUGCCUUGCAGCAAGCAGUCGUUGUCUGCCGAGGAACAACCGAAGCAGCGGCCCUUAGGGCUUGAACCGCCAAAGAGUACCGGUGGGGCCGAUAGCAGCCGGCCAAGUUUUGCUGCUGUCGUUGCAGCAGGGGCCCCUUCAGGAGGAGCUGCCUGCCCACGCACAGGCUGGGCCUCGGGCCCCACAGAUGUUUCCUUCCUCGUUAGUUUGGUGGGGGAAGAGGGGGCCAGGGCGCUGCGCGAGAUGGCCGCGGCAAUGGGCAUGACUGCUGAGGAGCUGUACAUACAUCAGAUGGAACAAUGGGAAGAGCUGCAGCAGAGGAGUUGUGCGACAACGCACGCAUGCGGCAGGUCUGGCGGCCAAAACAGCGAAAAGAGAGCCGCGGGGUUCACAAACGCAAGCGCUGAAGAUGCGAGUCCUUCUGAUCUUCCGUCUGGCACUCAGCUGCUUCAGUUACCCUCCCCGCUGCCUUCUGCAGCUACAGCCCAAGACAAGCAGCAGCAGCCCGCGGGAGAAACUCUGUGCCCCGCUUCUGAUGUGGACUCUUCUAGGGCUUCCCAUAUCUCGGGAUCCCCUGCAGUGACGGCGAUGGCGAGUUCCAUCCAGGGGCCUCCCGCCGAUAGAUUUGAGCCAUCGCUGACUGCCUCUCCGCGCCUGCACCCUCUUCCUGGACCAAUGGUCCACAAUGGAGGAUCCCACACAGACAGUAGAAUGGUGGGGCUUCUCGGGAGGCAGCGGUAUAUAGCGCAGCUGGGCCCGAAUGCCCAGCAGCGGCACGUAGCGGCCGUGUGCGUCAGCGAAACCUGUCUGGCGCUGUUGUUCAAGAACUUGAAGACUUGGCAGAUUUGGACGUUUGCCCCCAAUGGGUCGACAACUGCACGGGCUUCGGAGGCAAUGACGGAGUGGAAUUCGUAG